CUCUCGUCCUCGCGCACGACCACCUCCUCCUCCUCUGCAUGCCAUCCCAUACUCUGCUCUCGCAUAGCCGGACAGGGGAACACCGCUCCACUUAUAUGCGCGCUGCGAUGGUCGACCAAGUCCGCCUUCCUAGACUUUGUGCCCCUCGCCCUGCUCUUUCCACUGGGGUCGAUCCGCCGAGUGUCUAGCAAGCCAUCCGUUCAUGCAUGGCCUCACGCUCCCGCGAAUGCUGAUCCCAGGGCCAGGCGAGCGAUGGCCUGCUGAUUGACCGGUCUUCGCAGAUCGACGCGCUCGACGUACUAUGUGGCUCUCUCAGCAGUCCUAUCUGAGAGAGAUCCAGAACAGUAGGCAGAGUCCUUCCAGACUCGGAUGUCCCUGGAGGAAGCAACGGUCGACAGGGUUGUAUUUUGGCUAAGGAUCUGUGCCAGGCCUAGCAAUGCUGCGCCCGCUCUGCUACAAGACCUCAUUGAAAUCAUUGCGCGCCUGCCUCUACGGCGGGCCCUUCCUGCUCGCCCAGUGCUGCCUCGCAUGCCGCGCGUGACGAUAGGCAGCACCGCCGCUCUGCAUGACUUCAUGCGGGUGCUCGUGUUUCAGCAGAACGAGCCGUCCUACAGCUGCGCGCCCGGCGAACUCGAACACGCAGGCGCACACCUUCGUCGUGCGCAUUUGCGGGUGCCGCCUCCCGCGCUGGAGCACCUCACAUUCGCGCUGCUUGACUGGGCGGCGCCACCGAGGGCGCCGUACCCCGCCUUCUUCAGCUACGCCAUAUGCCCCAUGCCUCCUGCUCGCUUGUCCCACCGCCGGUACCACUUCCAUCACGCAGGCGUGCUCCGCCUCGUCUCAGUCAACACUGCGGGACGUGGAAGGAGCUCCCGCUACUCCAAGCAAGAAUUCUGUGAGUUCUUGCUCAUAGAUUCGCUCAGCUGCGACUAUCGCCCACCAGUUCUUCUCGCGGUGCCGCCGCAUCAGACCCUCCUAGACGGUUCGGUCGCAUACACGCACCCCUUCGGGACUUGACUUUGCAUGUCUUGUUCGUGCCCUUUCCGUUGUUCCUCCGUGCAUUCCACGACCUCCGACACGUCCAAUCUCCCAACGAACUCGAACGGGGAGCUACGCCCAGCGAAGCUCCGUCUAGCCACACUACGGAUGCAGCCCAGGUGACCCGUGCGUAUGCGGUAUCGCUCUGGGACCUCUCUUUGGUAUUCGCCACGGAGUGCUUCUUGCCCUUUUGGCAGGAGCGACGCGCUGUCGAGCGGAUAGACAUCCGUCCGUCGGACUCGCAUUCCCCGUUGUUGUGUCACGCCUUUGUUGCAG